UAUACGGACGGCCAUUCAGCCAUGGCCACAAACCGCACCGCCAUGGCUUCUCCAGGGAUUAGGACGGGCAAGGUGGUAACGUUUGUAUGCCUAAUACUCUUCAUAAACGCUGCUCACUGCGAAGAAAAGAAAACAGAAAUAAAAAAGAAAGCAACUAAGACAGCUCUUGAGCCUCUGAAAACAGCAGCGACUGCACAGACAGGCUGGUAUGAAGGUGUCGGCGGUUCGUCAUCCUGGUCUUCGGGAGGACAAAGCUAUGGCGGCGGUGGCGGUGGAGCUGGACCUGGUCCUUGGGCUGACGCUGGCAGAGGAUCAUCGGGAAUCGGCGGAGGAGUCGGCGGAUCGGGACCGUGGGCUGAUGCUGGCAAGGGCAGUGCCGGUGGUGGUUUUGGUGGUGCUGGACCCUGGGAUGAUUCCGGAAGUGGUGGAUACGGUGGAGGUUCCGGACCAUGGCAGAGCUCUGGUAAAGGAUCGAGUGGCUCUGGCUUUGCUUCGGGCGCCGGACCUUGGGCUGGCGCUGGAAAAGGAGCAAGCGGUGGCUACGGAGGCGGCCUUGAUUCAUGGGCUGGAGCAGGGAAUACCGGUGGAUUUGGUGGCGCCGGCAAGACCUUUGGAGGAGGAGGAGCUGGUGUCGGACCAUGGGACCAAGCCGGAGGAGUUGGCGGCGGCAAGAUUGGUGGCGGCGGCGGUGCAUCAUGGGCUCAGAACGGUGGGUUCGGGGCCGGUGGAAAAGGUAGUGGAUGGGACUUCUCUCAGGGAUCCAAGUUCAGCGGCGGUUUCGGAGGUGCUGGUGGAAAAGGUGCCGGCUGGGACUUUUCACAAGGAUCAAAAUUUUCUGGCGGCGCUGACUCCUGGGAUCAAGGUGGUUUAGGUGGUGGAAAAUUUGGUGGCGCUGGUGGUGCUGCAUCGUGGUCGCAAGGACAAUUUGGUGGCAGCAAAUCCGGCUACGGAGGAGGUGCGUCGUGGGACCAAGGCGGUAAAUCAUUCUCCCAGAAUGCUCAGAGUGGGCCAUGGAGGGGCAAGACAGCCGUAGCUCAAGAUUCCUGGACGCCGAGUGGUGCAGGAGGCUAUGGAAAGACAUCUGCCGCAGGCGUAGGCCCGUGGGCUCAAGGAGUUAGUGCAGGAAAAGGAUUCAGUGCUGCCGAUGCUUGGCUUCAAGACAGUCCGGCUGGUGCAGGUCCAUGGGCCCAAGGUGGAGCUGGAAAUGGCAAGCCAGUAUCCGGAGCCGGUUCCUGGGCGCAAGGAGGUGGUGCUAAUGGUAAGGCAAGCUAUGGAUCUGGGCCUUGGUAUGGCGGAUUUGCUGGUGGUAAAGGUGGAAACGGAGGUGGCACUGCAUCUUGGGCCAACGGCGGAAACGCUGCCGGCGGGAAGAAGGUACAAUCAGCAGGCCCAUGGGACUCUGGAAGUAUUGGAGGUGCUGCUAAGGGAGGAGCGGGACCUUGGGCACAAGGGGGAGGGGGAUAUGGUAAUGGUGGAGGUAGGAGCUUUGGUGGUCCAGGACCUUGGGCAGGAGCUGGAAAUGGCGCAGGAAAUGGUGCAGGAUCUAAGAGCUUUGGUGGAGUAGGGCCUUGGGCAGGUGCAGGUAAUGGUGGAGGAAGCGGUGCAGGGCUCAAGAGCGUUGGCGGACCAGGUCCUUGGGCUGGUGCAGGAAAUGGUGCAGGAAUUGGUGCAGGACCUAAAAGCUUUGGUGGGCCAGGGCCCUGGGCAGGUGCAGGAAACGGUGGAGGACCAAGAAGCCUUGGUGGAGCAGGGCCAUGGGCAGGUGCCGGAAAUGGCGGCGGUUCCAAGUUCAACUCCGGACCUGCAUCAUGGGACCAAGGAGGAUAUGGUGGGAAUGGAAAAGCAGGCGCACCCAAAUCAUGGGCUGGAGCAGGAGCUAAUGGUGCUGGUGGAGGAUCUUGGUCCGGUCAGGGAGGCUUCGGAGGAGGUGCAGCUGCGCCGGGACCUUGGGAUAGCGGGAAAGGAGCUGGCGCUGGAGCAUCAUGGGACCAAGGAGGAUUCGGUGGUGGCAAAGGAGGAGCGCCCGGCCCGUGGGCUGGAAAAGGAAGGUCUAAUGGAUUUUCUCAGCCUGACCUUGGAAGAUUCCCUGCUUCAUCAGGUCCUUGGGAUCAGGGAUCAUACGGAGGAGCAGGAAAGGGAGGUGGCGCAGGCGGCCCGUGGGAUAGCGGUAGCGUCGGAGGAGGCAGAGGUGCACCUGGUGGACCCUGGGCGGGAGCUGGAGGAAAUGGAAAAGUGUCCGGUGGGCUCGGUGGCGGAGGCCCUUGGGCUCAGGGAGGCGCGGGGACAGGCGGGUCUGGUCCGGGACCUUGGGAUCAGGGUGGAUAUGGCACGAGAAAGGGGGGGAAUGGUGGUGGUGCAGUUGGGCCGUGGGACAGUGCCUCAAAAUUUAACGGUGCGGGGGCCUCUUGGAGUGGAAACGGAAAUGGCUUUGGCGGUGGCAAAAGUUUUGGCGGCGGUGGCAGCUCAUGGUCUCAAAACGGCAACGGCAAAUAUGGAGGUGGAAAUGGAGGCGUAUCGUGGACACAAACAAUGUUCGGGGGCACACCAAGUGGGCCAUGGCAACAAGGUGGUUACGGUGGUCAAGAUUCCUGGGCUGCAAAGGGAGGCGCUGGUAACGGCAAAUUCGGCAAUGGUGGUGGUGGACCUUGGCAGGGUGCUGGUGGGGGAGGAGAUGGUGGUGGCUGGCAGGCUGACCAGGGAAGCGUUGGAGUCUGGAUUGGAGAUGUCAGCCAGAAGGGUAGAGGAGGCUUUGGUCAGCAGGCGGGAGGAAGACGGAGGAAUAAUUAUGUGCCGUCCCAGGGUGGUGCGAGCUGGGCUGGGCAGGCAGGAGGACAAUUCGGUGGUGGUGGUGGCGGUAGCUGGGAUGGCGGCGCAUCGCAGAAAGGCCGCGGGGGCUUUGGUGGAGGACAAGGAGGUGGAGUGGGAAAAGUGAAAUGGAGCUUUAGCCGGAACGAUCCAUGGGCACAACCACAAACCUGGUCAGGUUCCUGGACGACAGAUGGAGCAGCACAGCAAUACACAUCAACGGGAGUCGGGCAAAUGAUGUUCGGUGGUGUAGCAGACUGGAUGACGGCGGACAAGUAUAGCGCCAAGUAUGGAGGAGGUGGCGGCGGAGGAGGAUGGCAGCAGCAGCUUGGGGCUGGUAGCCAAGGCUCCUGGAGCGGAGGUGGUGGUGGCAAGUGGUGACCACUCAUUCCUCAGGCCGCAUGA